CCUUCCAAUUUAGGAUGAUAAGUAUUCACGUGCAGAUUCUUCUAAUAAUUCUUUUUUGGAAUUCUGAUUGUCAGAUUAUUCCCAGGAUUGAAGAAUGUGGACUUUCAUGUUCUCAGGGGAUUCAUUGUAAAAGCAAACCUUCCAGUGGCAUUUUUAACAGCUUCUGCCAUGAUGCUCCUGCAUCUUUAUCUUCUAUGGUACUGAAAAGCAUGAAGAUCUCAACAGUGAUGAAAUGCAUCCAAGGAAGCCCAUGCUCUCUUCAUUUAAACAUUAAAGGAACUCUGAGUCUGGAUGAAAAUAUCCGUGGGCUGGAAAUAUGUUCUCUUUCACUGGACACACAGCAAUCUCAGUGCACAAGUGUGAGAUUUGCUAGGAAAAAAAGCAAGAUGCCUAAUGGAAAGAAGGUACAGGUACAAUUCAAUUGCAUUGAAGUCAAUGUAGCACAACACAUCUAUGUGACCAUGAAAACAGUACCAAAUUACUGUGAAGUCAAGCUGAGUCAGGAAUACUAUGUUGAAGAUUGCAGGAACAGUGAUGUGGGAAAAUAUAUUCCAGCUUGUCUGGCUGGAAAGUUUGAUUAUAAUGUAGACAGGGCAAGAAAAAUUAUAUCAGUGAAUGUAUCCCACUUUCUUCGAGAUCAAGAUUAUUACGUUCGCCUGUGCCACAAAUGGUUUACCUGUGAAGAUGUAGGGGCAUUUGCUGUGAUAAAAGGGAAGGAAUCUUUAAAAUCGGUUUCUCUGAAAUAUUCUCAGCUACUUCCUUGUCUUUGCAUUGAGGGUUGGCUGGCAAUUCCAGAUGCAAGGAGGAUACAACUUUGCCCGUUUGAAAAUGAUACGAAGGCGCUAUGGGAUAAUAUUGUUUACAACCCAGCAACACAAACCCUAGCUUGGGAGCCAGCCUGUCCUGUGCUUGUCAUGGUUAACCUAUGCAGGUUAAUGAAGUCUAACAACCACUGUGAAGAUAUACAAAACACUUCAAAAAAUUCACCUGAGAAACAGGUUAAAUAUUCUCGUGUGGACACUCACCCGAGACUUUGCAUGAAGUUUACAACCAAGCAAGGCUCUUGGGUUAAAUGUCCAUUUGCUCAUGGAGAAUUUCCAGCUUGGAAAAUGAGAACUGCUGCAGUUGCAGAACAAAUACAAGUUUUCUUCACAUCCCAAAUGAAGGCACAGUUCUCAGUGCUUGUGUGUAACAGGACGCAGCUGGCCUCAUGUGAAUCUGUUGGGAUGCACCAUUCAGCCUCUGUGGGAGGUUCUGUAUCAAUCGCUAUGUCACGGGAAAUGUGUGGGUCAACAAUUUGCAUUCAGGGCUGGAGGACAGAUGUAGAUUAUUCAGUUCCACUUGAGAUCUGUGAUAUCCACUGUGGUUUUCGUGGUCAGACAUACGGUGAUGGAAACCCAGCAAAGGCCAUGACACACAGAAUGAAGAGUGUGCAUUCCUUGCAUUGAAUUUAACAACACAUUUUCAAGGUCCUUAGUAUCUUCUCAACAUGAAGUUGUAUUUUGGUGUAACUUGCAAAUCUUGUCUAACUGGUCAUCUCUCAUGUCAGUAGUUUCUGCUAAUUACUGUGAGAUUAUUCUCAUGAGUGAAGAAUUUAGCAAGUUAAGCCUACUCUAACAUGUCCAAAAGAAGCUGGAUUAUGAUUCCUCAUUUCCUAGUAUUUCAAAACAAAACAUGUCUUAGAUCACUUAGAAAAUCAGGUUCACAUUUUCCUUCUAAAUUAAUAUUUUUACAAACAAUAUGCUAUGAAUGAGUACUUUCAUAGUACCUUGUGUACCUAUAGAAGAAGUAUUUAAGAUUUUCUUAUUUGUAACCUUUGUUUUUAAACCAUAAGCAAAAGUUUUUGAGAAAUGAAGAAUGCAGAUGUUUUCUCAGCUUUGUUACCGUAUCCUUCUUUGUCAUUUCCUUUGUUUUCUGAUGCCAUUCUGAUGAUCUCACCAUGACAGACCAUAUUCCUUAAAUAUAUCUAACAACUGCUUUCUGUGUUUGCAUUUGUAUUUGACUUGGAGAUAACUUUACUAUUUGAGGAAGUACAUAUCUUUGGUUUGAUAGCUAUUUAAAACAGUCAUGUGGAAAUCCAGCCUAGAAGGAAACAGUUUAGUGGAAAAAAUUGAGUUUUUGUUUUUUUUUCCAUCAUAUCAGUAUUUAUACUCAAUUGUUGAGAAUAAUAUUAUGCAUUGUACUGAUUAUCAAACAUUGGCCUUUAUUUCAUGGAAUACUCCUAUCAAACAUCCUUAUUUCCUGUUGUGUAACAAGGAAAUAAAGUCAACUAAAAGAUGAUUAAUAGCAAAUCCUGAAACCAUGUGGAAUUGCUCAUGUGAGAUCAGGAAUAUGGGUGGGGAGUGAGGGUCUGGAACAAGAAGUUGAUCAAUAAAAAACCAGU